UCCUCCUCUCAAAGACAGAUCUUGGCCAUGACCUUGAUGAUUAUCCACAGACUGAGCUACAAAGAAACAUUUCCUUCCUCCAUGUCCUGUUUGUGAAGGCCUUAGCCCCGUGCCUGGCACAUUGUAGGCCCCUAAGAAGUUAUUAUUCCCUUCCAUGAGCUCUGUGUGUGGGUGGAGUCUGAUCUCAAAGAUCAUCCUCUCCAGGCUCGCCAGAGUUUCCUAGAGAUUUCUCCUCCCAUUAUCUGAGCUUGGUUGACCAUUUUCUCCAGGCAGUAAGGGGACUUCUCUCAGACUGACUCUGGCCAUCUUCUCUUGUGCGUCUAAAACUCUACCAAGACUCUCCAUGCCAGAGGCUCUCCAGUCCUACCUUCUCUGACUGUUUCCUUGAGAGACCCACAUUUGGGUGGUCAUCUGACUGUGUUACCUGGAGAAUUCUCCCAUCAGGUUAACAUUGGCCCCAAGUCGAGGCCUCCCUUCUCACCUGACUUCUUGAGGCAUCUACAUUUGAGCUGUUUCCUGCCUGAGCUGCCAAGAGGAGGCUCUUCCACAGAACCACUCCAUAGUAAGAGCACUGGCUAGUUAAGACUGCUCACGAGACUCUCAGAGGGUUGGUAGUGAGCAUUUCUCCAUCUGGCUGGAUUCACCCAGUACCAGCAGCCAGUUUUGAGCCUGAACUGACUUUCUCAAGAGUCCGUGUGUCGACUGACCCACGGUGAGAUCCCGGCAGAGCAGCAGAAUCGCCACCUUGGACAUCACGAUGAGCUGGAGCCUGGCGCUGCCGCCCACUGCUCCGGUGCCCUCUGCCAGCAAAUACGGAGACCGCUACAUUCCCUCUCGGGUGGCCGCCAACUGGGAAGUGCACUUCCACAGCAAAGAUGAGUCUGAGUUAUCUUCUGGGCCAAAGCAGAAAACAGAAGACUCCAACUCUGGCAAGAACAGAAGUAGUCUCGUCUACUCCACCGCGUUGAAGAACGAGCUGCUGGGAGCUCGGAUACAGAAGGCCCCAAGCCUGGAGUCAGAGGAGAACCAAAGCCCACAGCCUUGUGGACCAACCAAAAGGAAUCUUUUCACCUACUCUCCUAACACCUUCCGCUGGAGACCCGAGAUAGGCAGUGAGAUGUCAGCCUAUGCUAUGUCACCCAUCAGCAAGAGCAGUCAGACCUUACUAACCACUGUGCAGAGAGAGGCCAGAAUCAUUCCCAAAAGCCCCUUCAGAAUCCUCGAGGCUCCUGAACUCAGUGACGACUUCUACUUGAACCUGCUGGAUUGGUCUCGCCACAACAUUGUUGCCGUGGGCCUGGGCAGUACUGUUUUCCUGUGGAGUGCCACUACCAGCCAGGUCACGGAACUGUGUGACCUCGCUCAGGAAGAUGAUGCUGUGACCUCUGUGAGUUGGACUGAACGUGGGACCUUGUUAGCUGUUGGCACACAGAAAGGUGUUGUGCAGAUCUGGGAUGCAGAUGCGGAGAAGAGAGUGGCCACAAUGGAGGGCCACUCGGGCAGGGUCAGCUCAUUGGCCUGGAAUGGGAGCCAGAUUUCUUCUGGGAGCAGAGACCGAAGGAUCAACCAGAGAGAUAUCCGGGCUUACCCCCUGCAGUCUCAGCGCUGGCUGCAAGGCCACAAGCAGGAGGUGUGUGGGCUGAAGUGGUCCACAGAUCACCGGCUGCUGGCCUCAGGUGGCAACGACAACAGGCUGCUGCUCUGGAAUUGCUACAGUUUAAAGCCCGUCCAGAAGUACACUGCUCACAAGGCAGCUGUGAAGGCCAUCGCCUGGUCUCCCCAUCAGCACCGCCUCUUAGCAUCCGGUGGUGGUUCAGCCGACCGCUGCAUUCGAUUCUGGAACACGCUGACGGGGCAGCCCCUCCAGCAUGUCGAUACUGGCUCCCAAGUGUGCAACCUGGCCUGGUCCAAGCAGGACAAUGAGCUAGUCAGCACCCAUGGUUACUCAGAAAACCAGAUCGUCAUCUGGAAAUACCCAUCUAUGACCCAAGUGGCCAAACUCACGGGACAUUUAUACCGAGUCCUGUACCUGGCCGUGUCUCCUGAUGGACAGACCAUAGUGACCGGGGCCGGAGACAAGAGCCUGAGGUUCUGGAAUGUUUUCCGGAAAGCCUGUGCCCAGAAGGAGUCUGCAUCUGUCCUCAGUCUCUUCACUAGAAUCCGGUAACCUCCCAGCCUCCACUCCAGGACCACUGCAUCCUUCGGCUCAAGGAAGGAAAAGGACCGUCUUGAAUUAGGAUGCUGGGAAUCCCAAAGAAGGGCCGAAAGGAAAGGGAUGGGGCAGCAGCUGGACCUGGAGAAACUUUUCAGUUUAUUGGGAAGGUUUUGGAAUUAGAUUGGGGUGCUGAGGAGUUAAGCAUCUCCUUCACUGUGGGCAGACUGAAGUGGGUCAAAAUGGGUGGGGGAUCAAGGAUGGGGGUUUGGGGGGGGGACAUCUCCAUUUCACCCACAGACAGAAGCACUGUGUCCGGGACCAGAGAAACUCCCCAACGGGCUUUCCCCUUCUGCUCCCUGAUCUCUGGGGAGAUGCCAAAAACCUUUUUUGUUUGUCCUCCUGUCCUCAAGGGGGGAAGGGGAGAGAGGGGUCCGGGGGCUGCAGGCUGUGUGUUCCCUCCUCCCCAGCCUAGCCCCCCUUCCCCCUUCAUUCCUGGAAGCUGAAGCCCCCCCUCCCUGGGCAGCCCUAUCCCAGGAGGGAGAAGAGGGGCUUAGAGGACUGUGGCCCAAGGCUUGCAGUGGGGACUUGGCCUUUCCAGCCUAGCAGGUGACAGACCAAGUGGGCCAGGUCCCAGGGGAGCAAACUGCCUUGUGGGUGUCCUCCCAUGCGGGCCAGGCACUGGUGACCAUAAACCCCAAAGGCCAGAGAGCAGGGUUCUGCCUCGGUGGGGCUGAUGUGCAGAGGCCAGGGCUCUUGGCUAAACAAGAUGGGGAUGCUCAGGAUGGCGGGGUGGGGGACGGGUUGUUUCCAGCCUGAGGAUUUCACUGGAGUUCCAGUCAAGUGUGUGAGUUUGGAUGGAAACACUGAGAAUGGGACCCCCCUCCAGGCACCUUUGUCCCUUCUAGGGAUGUUUUGGUUCUAAGAGAAGAAUCCUGGCUCCACCCUGGCUCAAGAGAAGCCUGGCACUGCUGAGAGGUGGAUGGGGGUGGGGGACGAUAGAAGGGGGGAGGACUGGGCUUUUGGGGGGGGCUUUUGUUUCAUUUUUUUUCAGAGAUGAGGAAGUAAUAAAUGGUUUUUUUUCCAAAACCAAAGCCAAGAAGUUAUUUCAUAUUUUCAUGCGGUAGAGCAAGAGAAAGGGUAACAAACUGGGCAUCAGGAUUCUAGCUGCCUAACGAAGGUCUUAAACAGAUCAAAGACUCUGGGGGAAACAUUUUUAUUUUAUAGGAUGAAAUCUUAAACCUCUUCUGUUAUACUGGGCAAGUGGUUUAAUAAAGGACACAGCAUUGGGGACCCUUGGAGACGGGACGUCGUGGGGGGGCUCCCAUGGGCAUGCUUUGGCUGAUUUUUUGUUUCCUGUGUUGAAAAUCAACCCAUAAUUUCAAACAUUCACCUCAGAAAAGUGUGAGGAGGAUUUGAGUGACGAAAUAACUAGCCCCAUCUCCAGGAGAAUGCUGGCAAAUGGCCAAGGAACAGGUUAUUUUAUUUUGUGACUUUAAAAUCUCUUUACCAGAAAAAAAAAUUAAAAAAUAAACAAAAUAAAGUUUAAAAUACUUCUUGAUCAGAAAAAAUAAAAAUAAGAAACUUUACCAAAAAAUUAAAAUUAAAAAAUAUUUUACCAAAAAUAUUAAAAUGAAAAAUAUAUCUUUACCAGAAAAAAUAAAAUUAAAAAAUAGACAAAAUAUUUUACUAAAAAGAUAUUUACCAGAAACUUUUAAAAUAAAAAAGAAAAUUUUUUACGGAAGAGAUUAAAAUUAAAAGUCUAUUUUUACCAGAAAAAAAUUUUAAAUGGAAAAAAAAAUUGAUAUCCUUACCAAAAAAAUUAAAAUGAAAAAAAAAUGAUUAUUUAAAAAACCAAAUGUGGUGAACUGGCUGCUGAGAAAUUGAUUCCUGUGGGAUGGUGGCCUCCUUUUCCUCCAGUUAGGUGUGGGAGGAAAUUCUGUUUCUCACUCAUCCUUACUCUCACUUGUCUAGUCCUUCCCCAGCCUUGGGAGGGGUUGGUGAAGCUUGCUAGGGGAAGUUCAUCUGAAUACCCUGGCUCUGUAGGGGGAGGGAGAAAGGAUGUGUGCAAAUGCAUACAUACUUUUGUGUUGAGGAGUUUUUUCUACCUUAAAACCAAUUCUUGCCUUUCCCUGGGCCCUGACUCUGUUUAGCUAAAGGAAAUGGACAAAUUCAGAGAAAAAUCCGUAAAACGGGACUCUGGUAUUGUGUCGGGGUUUUUUGCUUUUGUGGUGUGUGUGCAAAGCUUGUGUGCAUGCCCAGAUCUUUGAGGAUGGGAGCUAGGAGAUGCCUGUGUGCCUAGGUCUUGUUUCACUGAUUGUACAAAGCAAUUGAAUGUCCAAAGUCAAUGAAAUUCAACUCGCAAAAGAAAGCAAAAGCAGUGGAAGCUUCCAUUUUCCUUGUGUACUUUUGAUGUUACUCUGUUACACUGUUUGAAAGUGGUUUGGGAAAGACUAGUGCAUUUCUUCCCCCAGAGGGGAAGCUUAUUUCACCUGUUCUAUUGUAAGGUGGAGAGUAGAAGUGGAUGGAAGAGAAAGUUGUUCAUGUAAAGUGAUGGAACUAUUAUUAAAGCGGCUUACAUUCUGAAA